GUGUGUGCACGAGUAUUUGUUGUUGCACUAUUACGCAACUGAAAGUUGAAAUCGGUUGGUUGCUUACUAUUUAAUAAUAUGGUAGCUGUUGAAUUGUUAUUUUCCACCGGGAUAGACACAUCAUUCACAUUUCACAUGCGUUUAAAGGACCAAAAGGACACUGCAGAAUUGGUUUCCUGCACGCAGCAGCCGACACGGAGCAUUUUCACUAAAGCACCCUUUGUCAUUUGUGACAGUACAUGUGAUUUGUAAUUUCAUCUGCAUUGUACAUGUUUGGUGUUUUGGUUGUGCAAACUGAAUGGAAUUAUUAUAAUCUGGACGUCGGCAGCGUGAAGCUAGCGCCUGUUACUGAUUCCAGAGUUCCGGUUCCGUAAAAUACUUGUGCUUUUGUCACCCUGCGAAAAUGCCCAAGAAAACCAGCAUUGAAAUUACUACUACCGAGGCGCCUGUGGAAAAGAGGGAUGCCGAAGGCUUUCACGACAACACGGUUUCCACGCGUACGGGUGAUGCGAAUACCCCCGAGCGUGGACAAUGGGGCAAUAAAGCUGAAUUCGUGCUGUCCUGUAUCAGUUUAUCCGUCGGUCUGGGAAACGUCUGGCGAUUUCCAUAUUUAGCGUACGCUAACGGAGGAGGAGCAUUUUUGAUUCCGUAUAUUUGUGUGCUAUUUUUGGUUGGAAAGCCGAUGUAUUUUAUGGAAAUUGCUCUUGGUCAGCAUGAGGCAACUGGACCUGUAAAGGUGUGGAAACGUAUCGUUCCUCUGGCAAAAGGGAUUGGCGCGGCUCAGGUUGUGGUCUGCAUGUGCGUUGCUAUAUUUUACGUUAUUAUCAUGUCCUGGACAAUGUUCUACUUCUGGGCAACACUGAUUUCUGCCUUUCGCAACGAAGCCGUCCCGUGGAUACAUUUCUGUAAAAGUGACUGGGCUCACAAAGAAACCUGUGUUCCGCCGGGCAGCGUGGCGGGCGGUGAGCAGUGGAUACACGAUUUCGAUAAUCCCAAUGUCUUACAUCCUAUUAUCCCCUUUCCGGUGGAGAAAAACCUGAAAUAUUCUUCGGCCAGUCAGCAGUAUUUUGAUCGCUACGUGCUAGUCAAAUAUGAUCAGGGAAGUCCUGAUCCACAUGGUCUCGAAAAUCUGGGGUCCAUCAGUCUGGAGCUGCUGGGAUGUCUGGCACUGUCGUGGAUUAUCGUUUUUUUCUCUUUGGUCAAGGGAGUGAAAAGUUCUGGAAAAGUCGUUUAUGUGACAUCCACUCUGCCUUUCAUUGUGUUGAUCAUUCUACUUGGCAAUGGUGCCGCUCAGGACGGUGCCGUUGAUGGCAUUCUUUACUUCAUCGUGCCAAAGUUUGACAAAUUACUGAACAUCCAGACAUGGAAAGCUGCCGCGGAGCAGAUGUUCUUUUCUCUUUCCGUUGCUUUUGGAUCUUUAACCAUGUUAGGUUCCUACAAUAAGUUCAACAACAACUGUUACCAGGAUGGCUUGAUUGUAUCGGUGCUGGAUACGGUAACCAGCGUGACCUCCGGCUUGGCCAUGUUCUCCGUAUUGGGGUUCCUCGCUAACCAGCGCGGGGUUGGUAUUGAGCACGUCGUGGAUUCUGGACCAGGAUUAGCGUUUGUCACCUUUCCGGAAUCCUUGAACAAUAUGCAACCUCCACAUCUCUGGGCUAUCCUGUUCUUUGUCAUGUUGUACACUUUAGGUCUGGGCAGCGAGAUCGGGUUGCUGGAGAUGGCUUUCACAUUCUUAUGCGAUAAAUUUCCUUCCUUGCGAGAGAAAAAGCCUUUAGUGGUAGCCAUUGGCUGUACGAUUUGCUUCCUCAUCGGACUGGCGUUUAUCACACAGGGGGGAACGGAUCUUUUUGAUAUUUUCAAUGAAUACGCUGGUGGUAUCUCGGUUCUGUUUAUGGCGACUUUCGAAAUUAUUUGUGUAAUGUGGGUGUAUGGAUUAAAACGAUUCAUUUCGGAUUUGAAGGAGAUGAUGGGAAAAUCCGGCGACAUGAGCUAUUACUGGCGAACUGCUUGGUCUGUGUUGAGUCCCGUCACUCUUCUGUUUAUCCUAAUUGUAUCGCUCGUUCAAUAUCGGACACUGUAUGAGGCUACGAAUAAACGAUUGCCGGUAUGGGCGGAUGGGAUCGGCUGGACUUUAGCGGGAUUAGCUAUCAUCCAACUGCCUGUGUGGGCCAUUAUUGUCGUGUGGAAAAGCAAAGGUGACACCUUGGGAGAGAAAUUUAAGCAAAGCUUGUGGCCGGAUUACAUUAUGGAGCCUCAAAUGCCCGCGGAAGUCGUCCAGAUGGGAACUAUUCCUCGCGCGAAACUCAAGCCAACAUCAUCCGAUGGAAGUCUUAACGAUAAACCGCCCGCCUAUACCAAUCGCGCUUACGACAAGAGGGAAUAAUAAUUAGCAAUAAAUUCAUCUGGUCUUGUAAGAGCGUUUCAUAAUUACGAGACAAUUUCUGUUAACAAAAAUUAUUUUUGUGAUUUUUGCUUUUCCUGACCGGUGCUGAAAAUGGUCAGUAAUGGCCCCGUAAAAUAUAAUGUACAGCUGUGCAAUACGACUAAUAAUGGGUAUCCGUCU